CCGCCAUGGCCCCCAGUAUGUUUGUAAACUGGGGUUUUCUAUAAUUUUACCAAAAAGUUAAAGAUUCAGCUUAUUAUUUAUAUAAAAACAACACUUUAAUCAACGGAAUAGUGCAAUAUACUUUAGGAAGAAUUUUUUUUAUUUUAUGUGUUUAUGUUUGAGUGUCAUAGGGGUUAGGUUUACCCUUGCAACCUUAUUGAAUUUAAAUGAACACAGUGUCAUUAUAAAGACAAAUGCAGCAUGUAGUUAAUUGGAGUGAAUGUUUUUUAUAUUUAUAAAUUACAUUUAAAUCAUGCCACCGACUGACUUUUUUAUAUCUAUAUGGAAAUAACAUGAAUAUGACUGAAUGAUAAUAUUGAACCACCAACAAUGCAAAGCAUGGAGGCAGUAUGUGAGGAGGCCGAACAUACAGUUAAAAAAUUAAAAACUAACAGGCCGUCCAUAAGUUUGCAAAAAAAGGACUCUUCAUCUGAAGUUUUUGAUAACUGUGAAACUCAACAAACAUCCAUAUUCACCAAGCUUCACAAACUUCAUGAAGAAUAUGCAGAAAAAUCCAAUGGAACACGACUAAAGCAAAAUUCCCACCUGUUAGAUAAACUAGUAGCGAGAGAAAGACUGAACACAUUAAUUCUAAACCUGUAUCCUGGCAACAGAGGUUACUCACUGGCAUUUAGGACCGCACCACAAUCAGAUAACCCAGACAAUACUGCCGAAAUAAUACAAAUAAAAGAGUGGCCCUAUGAAAUGGAUGAGUUUCUUAUGUAUAUUAACAAUGAAGAGCUUCCUCCGUUUCUGUUGGAAUUGCUUGAACAGGACUUUAGUUACCUAUUCUACAACGGAUGCAUCAUUGCUGAAGUCAGAAACUAUCGACAAGCUUAUCCUAAUACCAAGUGUGAAAUUCAUCAUGUCUUGCUACGGCCCACUCUAAGGAGUCUUCUUGCUGACAUAAAUAACAUAGUUGAUAAAUCAUCACAUUGGGGGAAGGAGGAAAGAAACCAAUUAGAAAGCCAACUACUGAUAGCAAAUAAACCAAAUUUAUGCCUAGACCCGGACAAUGUAGUUAGUUCUAAAGUAUAUCAAAUUAAUAGAUGUAAACAAAUGUGGAAUACGCACAGAUUUAGAAGGACGGCGCGAAAAUUCUCGCAAGAUUCUGUCUACAGAAAACGAAAAUUGGAUCAGUUGACCCACAAGCCGGGUGUGGAGUUGUUGGACUUUUUGAACAGCCGCGCUAAAACUUCGACAGUUAAGCAGCAGCGGCCUCUAGGCGAGAUCGGUCCGGUGCGGGUACCAAACCUCGAGUGUCCGACGAUUGCGUCGCCUGCGACCGCGGUGACGAUCAACGAGUUCAAAAUGUACCCGCGCGUCAAGGAGACCGACGACUGCCUGCCGCAACCGAUCGAGGAGUACACGCUCGAAACCGACAUGCCGGCCAAGGAGGAGAACGGAAAACCGCGGGUUUAUCACAUCAAGUUGUCGAUUUUGCAGCGGCCAUCGAACUCGGAGUAUUUGGGCGAGUUGUAUUUGGACAGGGAUCACAAAAAAAACGAGCGGAACGGGGUUGCGUGCCGCUUUAGUUUGGGGUCGAGAAACAAUGCGAACCGGUACAUACAUCAGUUUACGGAUAUUUUCACGGAAAGUGGUAGGAAGUCGGUGAGGAUACGGUAUACGUUAGGGCCUCAUAAGGAGCGGCAAUUGCAACAGUUACAGUCUCAAAAUACAGUGCCUGCAAACCUAGUGCAGCAACAGCUCACCCAACUGAGCCAAAGUCUUCAAAACCAAACGUCAGUGGCAAAUGGUAUCAGUUUGGUCCAGCAUAGUGUUGGCCAAAGCACCAGUAGCAGUAGUAGCAGUAUUCCUAUUUUGCAAAGUCAACUACAAGGCGCCAACCAAAUAAAAGCUUCUCCCCAGCAGCUGUCUAGUCAAAAAUCGGAAAUUAACGCCUUGGCCAUUGAGCUUAUGAAUUCUGUUGAACAAUUUCAAGCGCAAGCUGCUAAACAACAGCAAAAGAACAUGGCGUCGACAUCGAGCACCAACACUGCGAUCAUCAACCUGCUGAAUAGUUCGCCGGCGAGCACCACAAAUAGCGACACCAGCGCUGCGGUGGCAAACGCUAUAAGCGGCGGCGCCACUGCUACCACAGUGUUGCCGCAACAGCUGCAGAACAUCAACCAGAAGUUAAUGGCGCGCAAGGUGACCAUACCGGGAGCCAGGGUACUCAAUCACGCUGGCAACUUGAUCGCCAUCAAUAACAACAAUAGCCGAUUGAAUUUGGCCGAAUUAAACUCGCAUACGAUUCGACAGCAGCCCCAAACGAUAACGCUUACGUCAGUGAACAGUGGCGGCACAUUCACGAACUACACGACGGUGCCAGUGAAACAGGUGCUCAAUCAGAGAUUAGUGAACGCAAACAGUGCUAGUGAUAAUAAGUCGACGCUUAGCGCGCUACUGGUUGGCACCCCUGCAGCCGACCAUCCGGACAUCGGCACGCCUAACACCAACUCGCUGCUCAUCGAAAAACUUGCCGGGGCCACUGGGAACACGUCAACUUUUCAGGGUACAACGACGCACUUUAUCCAAAGUCCAAAAGGUGGACAACAGUUCAUGGUGCAGUCUCCCAAAGGCCAACAGACAGUUCUUACGCCCCUAUCAAGUCCUCCACCACAAAAUACCAACACCAUCAAUGUUCAAAGCCUCAAUUUUGCUCAACUUCAAAGUAUUUCUGGGUUACAAAACGUUCAGGUUCAGUUGCCUGGCUUCGCGCAACCGAUCUCUUUGUCGCUGAACGUGUCGUCGACCGGUGCAGCCAGCCUGCAGGGCCAUCCGACAAGUCUUAUCGUUUCGAUGCCGGCGACGACCGCCACCGCGACUGCCAAUACGAUUACGCAAGCGGCGGGCAAUGGCCAGGCGGCCAUGAGCUCGUUGGUCGGCUCGCCUGCCGUCGUGCUGGCCAGCGCAGCUAACACGCCGAGUUUGGCUCAGCUUGUGACUUCAGGGGUGAAGGGCGUGAUAGGGCAGCAGCAGGGUAUCCGGCCGGCAGGGCCGCAAACGGUGACAUUGUCGCCUGGCGGCCAACCUUUUCAACUAAUCACCCCGUUGCAGAGGGUGCGACCGCAGCAAUCGUCGCCGAUGACGGCAAACGCGCAAAACGUCACCGCCCGAACCAUCCAACGAACUACCCCGAUUACGAUCAAGAUGGCCACCACUAACGCAAAUACGGUGGGUCAGGCUGAUGGAGGCCAGCUGCAGAAGCAGGUCCAUCUGCAGCCGUUCCAACAACAAAUGUGCGUCACCCAGCCGGUGAGAAGGAGAUCCAACGCAACGGAGCCGCAGUGAUUAUUAAUUUAAUUUAAUUUUUAACUCGUUCGUUGUUUUUAUGAUUGUUAUAUCAUUAGGCUGUUUUCGUUUUUAGUUUGCUUUUAGCUCUUCCACACACCACUGAGGCCGUUUUCUGAUUUAACAAUUUAUUGUUUUAAGGUAACGAGGGUUUUUAUUUUACAUCCUAAAGGGUGUGCGAUUUUUAAGCGAAUGAUAUUUUAGACAUUUUAAUAUAGAAUAUCAAUAGGACCUGCAAAGAAAAAAUGAGUUUUUCAUUAAGGGUUUCCUAAAUUUUAUUGUGAAUUACAAUUCAGGGUGGUUGAAAAUAAAUAAAACCUUUGUAAAAUCUUUAUAUAAAAAAUACCAAAAAAAUUUAAAAAAAAGCAUUGGGAUUGCAAGGAUUAAAAAGUAAUUUUUUGAGAAAAACAAUAAGCAUGAGCAAAUUAAAAAAAAUUUCAUAACCCUUGUUUUUUAUUGAAACACUGGGUAAAUUCUUAAGAAAAUUUAAAAGUUUUUGUUUUUAAUUUAUAUUUUAUAUAGUUUUUAUGUAAUUUUAUUAUAAACACAGACUUAAGUUCAAUCCCGACUGACAAAUCAGUGUUAUUUCCCAAAUAUUAUGAAAUUGAUAAAUUUAUUUAUUUUUUGAAUUUACAUUUUGAGUAAAAAACUGCGGCAUUAAAACGCAUAAAUAUUUAAUUUUUAGUAAUAUUUUAGAUUAUUUGGUAAUAUAAUAUGUAUAUUAUCUUCUUUGAAAUGGGUUGGGUUGGUUUAUUUUAGUUUUAUCGUAACAAUUACAUGACAUUGUAAAAUUUUGACGUCAGUCGUGAUCGAACAUGGGUACCGCCUCGGGACUGUAGACACAGCGUAUUUUUUACGCGCCUGGCCAAAACAAAACUGAACGGAUGGAGACUUUGGAUACUCCUGUGGAUGGCACUCCCAUAAUGCGGCAAUUUUGCUUGCUAUGUUUUUUACGAAAAAAAAAAGAUCCCAGAGCGUUGCAAAAUUGGUUCUGAAAACGAAGCUGUGUAGGCCUUUUGAUUCAAAAGUUUUGAAUGAAUUUUUUAUAUUCAAUGUACUUUAAUCCGCAAUACCCGGUGCACCAAGUAUCCUUCCAUGUAUGGUUAUCUUUUUUAUUUAAAGAUCUACAAGGUCGAUUAAAUUAGAGUGUUAAUUAUUAAUUGUUAAUAUUAAAAUGACAUUUAAAAAUUAAAAAAAAACAGCGGUUUUCAAAUUUUUCG